AUGACCCACUUGAUCUUUUCCGUGGUGAGAGUUUGUAGGUCGUGGAGGGAGAUUUCCCUUCCGAUCAUUUGGAAACGUUAUCAAGAUUAUGCGCAAUUGGUUGAUGAUGAUUCGAAUAAUAGUGGUGGUGAUGAAGCAUUUUCAAGCCUUUUUCAAAGUAGAAUGGGAAGAAAUUUCAUCAAGAUGAUGUUUAAGGAACAUGUUUAUGAAUUGGCGACUCGAUUGAUUGGGGUAACCAAGAUGGGUGAGGUUAGAACACAAAAUUUGCAUGCAACGAUUACAAUGGAUUUUUGUAAGAAAGAAUAUGAAUGGUUUGGAACUGAAUUGGAAAUGAUAGAGUGUUAUAGUGAAUUCUUUGGGAAGGUGGAAAGUCCUAUUAAUUCAGAUCAAGUUGUUUCUAAUAAUUCCAAAGUAGAAAUUGAGAAGAAAUCAGAUGAAAAGAAUAGUAGUGGUGUUAUGAGUUCAGUUUUACAUUACUUGUCAUCAUUCUUUAAAAAUAACAGUUCAGCAUCAUCGAUUCAAAUUGAAAGGAAACCAAACAAACCAAUGAUCACUGAGGGGACACAAAUUUUCAAAGUAAUCAUGCUUGGUGACUGUUAUGUGGGAAAGACAUCCACUUUGGAGUGUGCCAUUAAGAAUAUUAAUUGUAGACAAAAGGAAGACAUGCCGACCAUUGGAGCUUCCUUCUUGAAACAAAGAUACAAACUCAUUCCCAAUUCCAUCUCUGAAUUGCAAUUGUGGGAUUACAGUGGUCCAGAGAGAUUUGCAACACUAUCUCCAAUAUACUACAGAGGAGGACAUGUAGCAUUUGCCAUGUUUGAUUUAAGUAAUAGUGCACUAACUUUGGAUAGAUUGGAUAGGCACAUCAAAGAUUUGGAACAACACAAUCCAAUGGAAGUGGUAUUAGUUGGAACCAAGUCUGAUCUUGUAACAGAAAAAGAAAGGAAGUAUAGAAAACGUGCUCAACUGUUGGCAUUUGACAAAUUGAAGGGAGGUCUUUAUGUAGAAAUCACUAACACAGACAUCAAGUAUGCUCACAGUCUACUUGUCUAUUCAGCAAUCAUUCUUCACCUUAAAUACUCGAAGAAUAUUAAGAUUUAA